AAACGGCCAACAAGCAGCCACACCCUCUGACCCUUUAAUCCAACUCGCUGUCACAUGCACGCAUCAUCUGCCCGCGACACCACGUCAAGCUCAUUUAUGCUGCCUUCCCAGUUUGUUCCCGUCUCUUGUCGUCCUCGGCCAAACUACCGCCGACCUCUUUCUUGAAGACGUUGCGAGCAAGUCCCCCUCCACUCACGACUCAGCCGCCCUCUCGGGCUCCGCGAAUCGCGACCUCAACCCACACCGAUCGUCUACGGCCGUGCUUCGUGCCCUCUCAUCCCAAGUUGGCGCCGCAGGGUUCUGCAGUGCACAGCGCCUGGAGGAGGGCGGCAGCGAGCCACGCCAGGCGCCACUCUGUCAGGACCUGGUCUUCCUCACAAGCCUCGUCCGCAUGGCAUAAGAUUAUGGCCUCUGGAUCCGGUGCCGACAAGAAGGCAGAGAAGUCAUCAUGGGCUUCGGCGGUGGAAUCUAUCAACCCGUGGUCCGGCAGCCGGAGCUCGACGCCCACUCCCAAGGAGCCUCUCGCGGCCCCUCCGCCCAAGCCCGCCCCUGCUCCCACCGCGACCCAGGGAGGCGACCACAGCAUCAACCCCAUAUACGGCAUCAGUGCCAGGAAAUACCCUUCCGACUGUCCGCCGCUCAAGGUCCAGUGGUUCCAUGCUGUUGAUGUGCCAAAGCGCAAGCCACAGCUCAUCAAGGGCAAACGAAAACCCGACGAGAAACCACCCCAGCCUCCCAAGAAAUGGGUCCCAUUCUCCAACAAUGACACAAGAUCGAUCGAGAUCGCAUAUCAGGGCGUCCUCGAGAGCACAGAAAUAGAACGGGACCGAAGCAACUCCGCUCCGACUAGGAACUUCUCAGGCCCGCGAAGGGGUUUAACUUCGUCCGACUCCGGCGAGAGCGACAAAGAAGGUGGAACCAAGGUCCCGGUGAAUGAGGAUUUCCUCUUCGAUGUCGACAUAGAGAAGCGCGAGCUCGCCCCAGUCUACUGGCUCGGUCCUGUCUACGAUGUGCGUCGUGGCAGCUGGUUCUACCAAGAGGGCUCGACCCUCCGUCCCUGUGAGGAGAAUCUCGCCGCGCAACUCGAGGAGGGCUUCCUUAAGUGCAAACCCUGGCUCUAUCCUGCCCCAAGAAUCCGAAGCGACAACAAAUCCAAAAAGGGAGGAGACGUGACACCAAAGGGAUCUGUUGAUAACCUCAGGGCCCAGGCCGCUGCACAGGCCGACUCGUCUCUGAAGCCGCAGGGUCCACCACAAACACACAGGUUGUUCGGUGCCUGGAUGAACUCGGUGGCAACAUAUCAGGACUCGACGACAGCAUGGCUCAACUCCGACGGCGUCUUGUCAUGGGUGACCUCGACCAUGUACGAACGAUUUGCUGGAGGGGGCUACAUGAGUGGCGUCAAGCUUGUUCGUGGCUACACAGAGCCGGGAAAGACCAAGCCGAAAACGGACUCGUCCAAAGAUGAGAAGGCGCCCACCACACCGACCGACGACAAGAACACGGAGGAACAGCUUGACAAGGCACGGAAACGGAGGUCCGCGCCCCCGACGACGAGGUCCGACUCUAUUGACGUAGCACGUUCAAGCGGUGAGGAAGAAAGCACACUCAAAACAGCGAUCGAGGCCCGAGGCGAUACUCUCAAGCGACAGAUAUCAACAUUGCUAGAAACCGAAAACCGCGACGUCGAGCUAGAGGAAGAAGCUGUGAGGAAGAGAGAGGAGAAGGAGAUACAGGAUGACUACAACGCACCAGCCGGCGAAACACAGGGGCGUGAAAUUGAGCACCUUGUCUUGAUCACCCACGGCAUUGGCCAGUUGCUCGGCUUGCGGAUGGAAAGUAUUAAUUUCGUCCACGAUGUCAACACGCUGAGGAAGACGCUCAAGUCAGUCUACACCACUUCUGAGGAUCUGAGAGCGCUCAACUCGGAAAUCGGCGGAGGCCCUGGGAAUUCUCGUGUACAGGUAUUGCCCGUAUGCUGGCGUCACCUGUUGGACUUCCCCAGGAAACGCGAGGAGAAGAGGAGCGAGCAGGAUAUCGGCCUUGCGACGACCGAAGAAGACGAAUAUCCUUCCCUCGACGAUAUAACGGUGGAAGGAGUGGCAUUUGCGAGAUCACUCAUCUCUGAUCUGGCAUUGGACGUGCUCCUAUACCAGAGCGCUUACAGGGAGCAGAUCUCCGAGAUUGUCUUCAAAGAGGCGAACAGGAUUUACAAUCUUUUCGUCGAGAGGAACCCUGGCUUCAAGGGCAAGGUUCACAUCAUGGGCCACUCACUCGGGUCUGCCAUCAUGUUCGAUAUACUGUGCCGCCAGCAAGAGAUGAGAAAACAAGCCGAGCAGCCCAAGAACCCGCUGAGGAUCUGGCCAUCCGAAACGCCGAAGCCUGCGAAGAAGGACCCGCGAGACUUGACCUUCGACUUUGAGGUUGAUGACUUCUACUGCCUUGGUUCUCCAAUCGGGCUGUUCCAGAUGCUGAAGGGGCGGACUAUCAGCGCACGCCACCUGACCGAUGGACUACCAGCAAACAGCCCCUUUGAUCCGGACGAGGCUGACGAUCCCUUCCGCACGGCGCCUCUAGCGGCCGAUCACCAACGCAUCUCCCCAGUCACGGGCCUGCCGUAUUCUGUGUCGUCGCCUAAGUUGUCCCAGAUGUUCAACAUCUUCUACCCAUCCGACCCGAUAUCCUAUCGUGUAGAGCCCCUCAUCUCACCCGCCAUGUCUUCCCUGAAGCCUCAGAACUUGCCGUACACCAAGAAGGGUAUCUUUGGAGCUGUGGCCCCACAAGGCAUCUCGGGCAUCGGGGCCAAGGUCGGGCAAAGUGUCAGCGGGCUGUGGGCCAGCGUCAGUGCGGGCUUAGCCAACAACCUGCUCAACCGCAGCCUGGGCUUGACCCAGGAAGAUGUGGCGCAAAUCACCGCCUCACAGCAGCAGCAACAGCAACAGCAUCACACGCCAAGCCCAGCCGCCGGGAGGAACAUCUCCACCUCGUCCGGCGUCAUAUCCCGGCAGGACUCGACGACAAGCCUCAGCCAGAAGGCGGCGGAGCGCAAGCGCCAGCUGGCGGAGGAGCAAGGCGGGCGCAAGAGCAUCAGCGGCAACGACAUGACGCUCCUGGACGACGACCUGGAGACGCUGUACAGCAAGUUCCAGAAGGGGCGGGCGGAGAUGAUCAAGGAGGAGGGCAGCGGCGGCGGCGGCAGCGGGCUCGACAACGAGGCGGAGAGGGAGGAGUGGCUGGCGCAGGAGAACAAGGCGGCGCGGGUGCGCAAGGAGGAGCUCAAGGUGCGGGCGCUCAACAGGAACGGGCGGGUCGACUACAGCGUCCAGGAGGGCGCGCUGGACUUCAACCCGAUCAACACCAUCGCCAGCCACAUGGCGUACUGGGCGGACGAGGACGUGGCGCAUUUCAUCAUGAGCCAGCUGCUCUCGAGGAAGGGGGAGGGGAGGGAUGCUGGGCGGAGGUGAUUGAUGCUUUUUCUUCUUCUUCUUCUUCUUCUUCUUCCCUUUUGGUACUCUUUUUUGCACAGAGACGUCGGCAUUCAUUCACUUUAGACAGCAGGGUGUGCUGCUAGAUGGGAUUGGGCUACAUGUAAAGACUGGCGGGCGGCAACUUUGGCAUUGGUGUUUUCUCUUGGUUGGUUUUACAGGCUAUGGUGGACCUUGGCUAGGUAGUAUGGCGUUGUGUCUGCUUAGUGGCAUUAGAUCCGCCAGGUUUAUGACAAUUCUAGAUGGACUAUGACGAGGAAGCUUUUUGCUUUGUAAGUGAGCACUGACUUGGCAUGGAUGUUGACCUGAAAAUGAACAUGGCCCCAACAUAGCCGUGCUUUCGUGUGGAGCAUGACUGGGGGUUGUGGGUGCAUCCAUUUCCCUCCUGGCCUGGUCUAUACGAACAAUUGCAUGCCCGUAUUAUAUGGAACAAGAGCACGUUGGAAUAUUUGACUUUGUUGCUUAUUUUUAUAUGCUAUUGGAUACACUGGCUGCUGUGGUGAUUGGGAUCACACACGAUGAUCCGUUGGACGCGUACAUGACACCCCCGGCCGAAGUGAUUGAUGCCUCCCACACCCACUUACCACAUCCACCUACCCACCAACCCCGCCAGAGCAAGGAGACCCCGC